AACGACAUAUACUUCCGGGUUAGUUCCGGUGUCUGGGGGGGAAAAAAAAGAAAAAAGAAAAGAUUUUUGAAAAAUUUCCGAAUUCUAACACGAACAUAUGACAGCAGCAUUACAAGAGCUUUGUGUAUAUCAUAGGGAAAACAUGUUAUCCAAUACAAUGGGGAGUUUUUUGUCGAAUGUGUCCUAGCUUAGAAACCACGACUUACCUAGCUAAUGCUAAUGUGGAAUGAACACACUCAUUCAAAGAUGGAAAGGCUAAUGUCCAAAAUGACUGAAAAACAUGUUCUCUUCACGGCUUCUGUCGCUAUACGCCUCGCUUUGGUCGCCUAUGGAGACUUGCAUGACAGGACUAUGGUAGUAAAGUACACUGACAUUGACUACCAUGUGUUUACGGAUGCUGCAAGAUUCAUUACGAAGGGCGAGUCCCCGUACAACAGAUCAACCUAUCGUUACACACCUCUACUAGCCUGGCUGCUCACUCCUAACAUUUACAUCAACGUGGUGUUUGGCAAGCUUCUCUUCAUCCUUUGUGAUGUGCUGUCCGGGCUGCUGAUCUACAGAAUCCUGUGCCUGCGAGGUCUGCGUCCCGAGACGGCACGUCAAGUGUGUUCCCUGUGGCUUCUCAACCCCCUGCCUAUGGGAGUAUCUAGUCGAGGGAAUGCCGAGUCCAUCCUGGCUGCUUUGGUGCUGGGGACACUGCUUUGUAUGGAGGCCCGUCGCAUGACGUUAGCAGCGCUGCUGUACGGCCUGUCUGUUCACAUGAAGAUCUACCCCGUUACAUAUGCUCUGCCCAUUGUUCUCACUCUUCGCACACCACAGAGAAGACAUGAGGAAGAGCAAAAAGGGUGGAGGAGACUCACUGGCUUCUUGGGAAGUUUCCUCAACAGAGAGCUGUUCCUCUUCGCAAGUGUGGCUGGCGGUGUUUUCUGUGCUUUCACCGCACUUUUCUACCUCAUGUAUGGUUGGACAUUCCUUCAUGAGACUUACCUGUACCAUCUAACCAGAAGGGACAUCAGACACAACUUCUCUCCAUACUUCUACAUGCUCUAUCUUACUGCAGACAGCAGGUGGAGCCAGUGGCUUGGCCUGGUAGCGUUCUUGCCUCAAUUGAGCCUCCUGUUGGUGACCUCAUGGGCUUUUCACCCUGACCUGGCCUUUUGCUGUUUCCUACACACCGCCAUAUUUGUCACUUUCAACAAAGUCUGCACGUCACAGUACUUCCUGUGGUACCUGAGUUUACUUCCUCUGGUCAUCCCUCAUCUAAGUCUUUCACUGAAGCAAGGAGUGGGACUGCUGCUCCUCUGGUUUGCCGGACAGGGUGUAUGGCUGGCCCCGGCCUACUUCCUGGAGUUUGAGGGCUACAACGCCUUUCUGUAUAUCUGGCUGGCUGGACUGUUCUUUUUGAUUGUUAACUGCUUCAUCCUCAUUCAGAUCAUUGUACAUUAUAAAAGUAAACUAACUCUAAAGAGACCAAAGCUGGAAUAGCCUCGUGGGAUGGACUUCUCACUCUGGUUGGAGCUUCAGUAUGAAGACUGACAAGGUUGUUGUCAUUUUUGCAUUAGACGUGCUUGCACACAGACAUACACUUUUGCAUUACUUUUUUAAUGUUGUGACUUUUAGCUCUAUUAAUUGCAUAUGUGGUAAUAAUUACAUAUACAGUACUGUGGAAAUGUCACCACUAAUUUGAUAUUUGUGGCAUGUUAAAAAAGGACGGACAUGAUUGUCAUGAUUAUAGUAAUUGUACAAAACCAGUUUCAAGUUUAAGGUGAGGCAGAUCCAGCCUGCCACUUUGUUUUUUGUGGCCCACGAAAGCCUGAAAUGAAUGCACAUCAAAUAAUUGUUCUGUCAGUUUUGACUGAAAAUUUAUACUGUAUGCAACUGGAGUUUUUUUGUCGUUGACAGAUAGAGAUCUCACUCCACUUCAUCUUAACGACUGCCGUUUUGCACCACAAACGAGUAAAACCAGUCUCGUUCGGGGCAUGCUUCGCCACGAGAGAAUAACUGCCCGGAUCUUGCACCAUGCCCUCAGAUUAGAGCUGUCCUAUCUACAGUAGUGUAGUGAUGAGAGGUGAAGUGUCUCCUAAGACAACCUGAACACUACAGUUACGCACGCAUUUCAGGCAAAGCUGCGGCCCUCUAGGGGCAACCAUAACUGUGAGGUUGGCCCGCGUUGAAAUGAGUUUGAAGCCCCUGAGGAAUUACAGGAAUUUAUUAUUGUGGUUGAGUCACUGUCCAACCUCCAAAAUCAUAAUGGCACCACUCGUCUGUUUGUCCUCCUCUUCUGUGACCCAGGAAGUAGCCUGCUAACUAACGAAACUAACACAAAUACGCUAUGUAAUUUAUCAUUUUAUUAAAUUUUGUUAACAUUGAAGCAAAAUUUUAUUGAUGUGGUCAUUAACGUAUUAAACUCUAUAAGUAAACACUAUACUGUACAUCUAAUAGUGACCUAAAACAUGCACCGUACUGUAUAUAUAUUUUGCGAUGUGAAACUAUGGUUAUACAUAAUAUGAUAAUGUGGACUCUUAAGCUGGCCAUUUCCUGUGGUUUUUAGCUGAGAAAGUAAUAUUACAUGAAACAUUUAAGUGGGGAAAAAAAAAAUAUAUUUUCUAACACAUUAUCACCCAAAGCAUGAAAUAGAAACUUCUAUUGAGUAAAGUCAGCCGAACUUUAAUAAUAUCAUAAAAUGGAAUGAAGCAUUUCUGCAAAAUUUCUAGAAACCACCUGGAAAUUUUCCUAAGGGAAGUUGAGCCAAUGAAUUUUGGAAAUAUUCUGUUGUACACUUCCAUGCUAAUAGGAAUUAACUAGCCAUUUCAACAUGACUUUUAGCAUGUUCUUACAUAACAAUGAAUACUGUUUUGUUGUCUUGAUAUUUUUGAAAUGAUAUUGUUUAUUUAUUUAUUAUUAUUGUUAUAUUUUUUUUUAUUCAGCAUUUUGCCGAAUUCCUUUUUUAAUUCCCAAUUUUUCCAAUGUAAAGUUUCCAAUUUGAGUUUCAGCUGCAGUAUUCAGCCUUGACCAGAAGGUGGCGGCUUACGUCUGCAGAUUGGGUGUCUGUCCUCGUGUAACCUCGCAGAUAAAACCAUCCAGCUAAAAAGGGUAACGGGUGAGCUGGAGCCUACCCCAGCUGACAAAGGAUGAGAGGUGGGGUGAGUAGUAUUGAUUUUAAUUGUAAAAUCAAAUCAGUACAACAGCUUAAAGCAGGGGUGCAUACAGAAAAAAAUCAAGGAUGCCGGGUUGAUAUAUUUAUUUUGUACAUCAAAGAGGCUAAAACCAAGCCAAUGUAGGCCAAUAUAUACUAAGCUUUACAGCAUAUGCUAAGAUAUCAGAACCAUAUAUCUUAGCUUUGUGUUAUGGGUGACAAAGCAAAUUAGUGUAAUAAUAUGACAUCUAAUAAUAUGACUUAUAAUAAUUCUUUAUAUUUUUAUAAUAUUCAAAGUGACAAAAAAGCUUAAAGAAAAUAUAUGUUCUUAAAUAUCAAACAUUGGCAUGCAUUCACUGACCAGUUCAUUAGGUACACCUGCUAAGCUCGUACGUCGUCAUGCUGUCAGACACAUUGUGAGCUUUAUUUGUUUAUUUUAGGCAUUUUUCCAACAGAAUUAGCCUAACGUUACUUUUAAUUGCUUUAUUGGUUAUCAUUGGAUCGUGCAGGUGUACCAAAUGCUUUUAUAUUCUAUUCAAAAUGGGCCUACAACCCUUAUAGACACUGACAUGGCUAAAUAAAGUGAGCAGGGGAAGUGAAGAAAAGACUGUGGUCUAUAGUGAUGAGUUAAAUGUAGGUUUGUGAGGGGGAUUGCGUGACCGUCCCCCAUAUGUUUAGUAGGCUGUGUGUAUAUGUGCAUGACAAUAUGCAUGGCAUGUGUGUACAUGUCAUGUCUGUGACAUACCCUCAAGGAUUCUCCUCAUUGUCAUCAGGGGGAUGGGGGGAUGUUGUUGUGUCUAUGCAUGUAUAUAUGCCUUGCUACAUCUGCCUAUAUGUGUGUAUUUGUGUGUGUUUGAGAGAGAGAGACAGAGACACACACAGGGAGUGGGUGUGACCAAUUAGGACAAAUGGUGUGCAGUGCAGCAAAGAGUGGGGUAUGAACGGUCACGCAACCUUGCAUGGUAUAGGAUUACAGGGCACACACACACACACACGCACACACACACAAAUACAAAUACAGCUGUCAACAAGCAUCACACACCUUGCUUCUACAUGCACUACAAUUGCCCGGAGCACUUCCUCUUCUCUCUUUAUUGGUCUUUUUGUGGUUUUUAUCACUCCCCUCCCUCACUAACUUCUCUUUUCUCACCUCAUCUCAUUGAACAAAACAAGUGUCACUGGGAUGGCGUGAUGUAUGGACGGUUGCGUGCAAGAUUAUUAAACAUUUAAAGUCGACCUUAUUGCACCAAGCCCCGCCUCCUGUAGUUAUCACAUCAAUCAAUCAGGAUGUUGGAGUAAAAACAAAAGAUUUGUCACUUGCAUGCUUGUUAAGCCCUCUUAAAAGCAACUGUGUUACAUGUGUAAUUUAUGUUAUACAGUAUACUUACUAUUACUUAUUCAGGGAGUAUGCAAACAAAGGUUCCUUGACAUGAAAGAGUGUUUUCAGGCCAGAGCUGUGAAUGCUGUUAAUGUGGAGAAUUAUCUGUCAGAAUGAGUUAUAUCAUUCCGCUUCUACUUCACCCUGCCAAGCGACAAGUAAUAAAGCUUUCAGUUCAUGGCUGUUUUUCCUAGCUGAAUUACCGCAGUAUUACCUUUUAAAAUGAGUGCACAAGGAAAUCAUCAUGUUUAGGGAAACUUUAAAUUUUAGUACAACACAAGAACAAACAGGGUUCCUAUGCAAGUAUGGUGAAAUAUAGACACUGUGUGUACAUUUCCAGGUCUAAAAACUCAAGUAUGGAAAAAUAUUCAUGUUUCCAAGACUGUUACCACUGUUCUUUUUUCUUAAAUAUGACUAUAACAUAAUGAAUAACUGGGAAAAAAAAGAAAUGGAUGGAUCUGUUUUUCUAUGGCACUUUCUAUGGUAUGCUGUAGGUAACUAUAUAUAAAUACAAUAUAUUUGAACAACACAAGCAAAAAACAGAUAUUUGUUCAAAUAUACAUAGAAGAGAACUGAAAAAGAUCAAUCUCAUCACACUUGUAUUGAUAAUAUUGAUAUUUGGGUCUGUCCUGCCUCCUACCGUACCACUUACCCAGCGAAGUUGACACUGACUCCACAGCGCCCCUGCUGGUUGAAGCCAAACAGGACCCAACGUUAAUCAUUAAUUCCACUCAGUUGCUUAUAAAUGAAUCAGCUCCUCGAUUAUUAUGCCCGUCCCUCGCAGGAAUCACUCUUGUAGCAUUGCUUUUGAACCAACAAGAUAAAAAAAAAUUCAAAUGGGUGUGACAUGCUUGCAAACACCCUUUCAACUUGUACCCAAAAACCUACAGUAUUUUGCACUCAUGUUCAAUAAACACACACUUUCUAAGGCAUAAUACACUACACAAGAUUCAAUAGAAGAGCUGUAAAACCAAGAUAAAUCCAAUUAGUAUGUUAUGGGUAAAUAUCAUAAUAGGAUUUCCUGUAAGUUCAUUUGUAUUUUUUUUUUUAUAGGCAAAAGAUGUGCUGAUCUGGUACUUAAUUACACGCACGCACACACACACACACACACACACACACACACACACACACACACACUGAUCCUCUUGUAUCCUCUAAUUCCCUAUGAGCUUUAGUGACCGAGAAACAAGUAGCACCUUCUUUGGCAAUCCGAGAUGUUUAAUCCUCAUCAUAUUUUAUGUGAUGCAUAUCAACUCUUAUCAGGGCAUCGUUUUUAGUGGCCCUCGUUCAAUUUGUGUGUAUGCAACCAUCACAAAGGUGAUGGUGCAAUGUUUAUUAUUGUGGUUUUAAUUUGAUGUGGUAGAAUUGCAUUGUGGGACUGUACCAACUUUGGAGCAGGGGGGCGAAAUUAUAAAAAGUGACAAAAAUAAAUAUACAGUAUACUCUCCUUUUUACUGCUCCUCAACCAAAAUGUAAUAGUAAUGAAGUAUUAAUUGCAAAAACUGAAGUGAAGUCAGGGGCGUGUGGAGUGUGAAGGAGAUUGUUUGACUCCUGGAGGAGGAAGGGUUGAUGGGUUCAUUUGGGGGGGGCAUUUGAGGCCUGCAGCUGCUUUCUUUUUGGUCCACGAAUAUAAAAAAAAAACACAUUAAAAACAGCUUGCAUAAUAGGUCACACUGUAUCAGAAAACAAUUAAGACCCCGAAAGUUGUUUUUGAUAUGUUAAAAAAAAAAAAGUAUUGGAGUUUGUCAUCAACAAUUAUAUUUCCCUUUAAUUGACAUGUAUUGGCCUUCAUAAUACUUAUAUGGCGUUUUGUUAAUCAGGAAAUGUGCAAUAAAAAAAUUGCCUCAAUUGUGUAUUUAGUCAUCUACACUGUGUGUACAAUUAUUAGGCAAGUCAGUAUUUUGACCAUAUUCCCAAAUAUUUGAGAAAAAUCAAACGUGAGGCUCCCAAGAACCCAUUAUCCUCCAGUGCUGUCAUAUUCCAGAACUGUAAUCUACCUGGAGUGUCCAGAAGCACGGUACAUGGUGUUCAGUGCUCAGAGACAUGGCCAAGGUAAGAGGCUGAAACCCCACCACUGAACAAGACACACAAGAUGAAAGGCUAUGACUUGGCCAAGAAAUAUUUGAAUACAGAUUUUUCAAAAGUUUUAUGGACUGAUGAGAAGAGUGACUCUUAAAUGUCUUAAAAAAUAAUGACAUGACCUCCUUGCUCACCUGACCUAAACCCUAUUGAGUAUUUGUGGGCCCUUAAACGUAACAUUUACAGUGAAGAAAAAAGGCACACCUCUCUGGACAGUGUCUGGGAGGCUUUAGUUGCUGCUAUUCAAAAGGUUGAUGGUGAAAUGAUCAAGAAACUGUCAGACUCUAUAUGGAUGGAAGGCUUUUCCAUGUGAUUGAAAAGAAAGGUGGCUAUAUUAUAUACUGAUUUAUGUAUGGAAAUGUCAGAAAUAUUUAUUUGUAAAGUUUGUGCUGUUUAUCAUUCCGACUUAAAAAAAAAAAGUUAAAGUAAUGAGAUGGGAAUAUUUUUGUUUUUAUAUAAUAAUAUAAAACAUUAAUAAUAAUAAUAAUAAUAACAAGUAUAAUACGUUUAAUAAUAAUAAUAAUAAUAUAUAAUAAUUCUGCAAACUAAUAGUUGCCUAAUAAUUGUGCACACAGAGAUAUUCUCAACAAAAGCCAAAACCUCGCUUUCACUUCCUUAAAUAUUCAAGUUUGAGGUUUAUUAACAUUUUGGAUUGACCAGGAGCACUGUUAUUGUUAAAUAAUAAAACUAAUGAUCAAUGAUUCAAAUUGCCUAAUAAUUGUGGACGGAGUGUAUAUUAAACUUGGCAUAUCUUCACCUACAUUAAAUUGGUUUUAGUGUAUUUUAUAAACACAAAUGUGACACCCCUGGUUUAUAGUAAUAGGGGAUGAGAGAAAACGGCAGUGUUUCCCCAACCGUUUAUAUGUUUAUAAAUUGGAGUACAGUCAAACCUGUCUUGGCGGCCACCUUUAUAGAACGGCCACCUGCCUAUAGCGGCCACUGAAAAAUCCCCCGCAGCAAAUUUACAUAGACCUUGUGUAUAGCAGUCACCUGUCUAACGCGGCCAGCGGCCACCAAUUUUGUCUCCCUUGGUCAAUAUCUGACUGCAUAUAGCGGCCAAAUGCCCAACUCAAGUAGAAGCUUCAUGCACGAAAAAGUUUCGUUUUUCAAUCAAUGAAGCCGUCGUGUGUAGACUUUAAUUACUGAGUCCUGGCUCAGUCACAAUCAUUCACAAGAUCCACACAAACUGUCAGUUGUUUGACAUAAAAAAAGCCGUCUUCUUUUGAGCUUGCUAUUUCCUGGUCAAACAUGUAACUUUAAGAGCAUUUGCACCAAAACAUUACCGCAAAGUAGGCUGGGAACAGGACGUGCUCCCAGCGACACUACUACUGCUUGCAUGCUAAAACCAUGCUAGCAUAUGUUUUUAAAAAGCCAGCGGGAGCAAAACUGAGUUCGGUUGUACUUAAUUGAAGUAUUUUAGAAUGUACUCACGUUAUUUUUGAUCAAUCCUCAUUCACAAAUCUAUCAAAGUCCUCAUCUUCUGUAUUCGACACAAAACAAAGCUGUCUUCUUUUCCGUUCGCUACUAGUCUGUUAACUUGUCAGUGUCAUUCAGCUCCGAAGCAAAGAAGGAAACUUCUCCUGUUGCUUCUGCCAACUUUAUUUAUUGAACGCGGCCACCAGAGAGCAGCUCAGAACACACACACAUCUCUCAGCAUUGUCCCUCCUUCCUGCUUGCCCACAAGCCAAAGGUUAAACAAGCCCCACUACAUAGCUGUCCAGGCAAUGCCUGUAACAAGUGACGCCGUUUAUUUCCUGGUGUGAGACAAUGUGCACUGGUCAAUACUGUAAUACCGCUUGUUGUGGGGAAGGAGAGACUCACGUCACCGAUGCACUUUAAUCGCUUUAUUAACAGCGGAGAACACUGCAGGACUUUACAUCCACGCCAACAUAAACACACUUCCCAACUCUCUCGAAACUCACAGCUAGCACUGAGCCUAGCUCUCCUGCUCGGGACGCCCACCGUCACUUCCCGAUGAACUAAAGCUGUAAUGACACUCUGCCGUAUAAAAAGUAAAAUAUUAAAAACAAGCGUAAGACGUUACUAGCACAGCUUUGUUCUGUGGCUCGUGGAUAAUAACAAGCCUAGUAGUGCUGUACAACUUUUAUCC